CACAAGGAAGAUGGUGGAGCUUUAAAAAGAAGAGCUUCGACCUUGUAAGAUUUACUCGCACUGUUCAUCCUUCUGCUGAUCUGCUUCACGUGUGAGAUCUGGAGGAAAGAUGACUUUCUACAAUGACAUUUACCCAUUCUACCCUCUACAAAGAACCUCGUUCAUCUUUAGUACCCACCUGCUCACCAUUAUUUUGGUUUUCCUGAUGAUCACAGUCAGUUUCCUUCUCAUACUUCCAGGCAUACGAGGGAGGUCGAGGGUGUUUUGGAUGUGCCGAAUAAUCAUCAGUUUAUUCAUCGGCGUUGUAAUAGUAGCACUAAACUUUACCAGUGACUGGGCUGAGGCUAGAGCCGUCACCAAUGCCACCUACAAGUCUUUUAGCAAUGCUGUAGUGAAUGCUGAGGUGGGCUUACACGUGGGACUAUAUGGUAUCAACAUCACAUUAAAAGGAAAUCCUGUAAUUCAGCUCAACGAGACCAUAGACUAUAAUGAGAUGUUCGAGUGGAAGGAAACCAUCGACAAGUAUUACGAAGAGGCCCUGGAGAAAGGCCUGCCCAACCCCAUCCUCUACAUCGCUGAGAAAUUCACCCUCCACAGCCCCUGUGGCCUCAUCUACCAGUACAGAUUCUCUGGCCGCUACGCUUCUGCCACCCUCUGGACUGCGUUCUGUUGCUGGCUGGUUGCCAACAUCCUCUUCUCUAUGCCAGUCAUUCUCUAUGCCGGGUACAUGAUGAUGGCAACUGCUACCUUCAUCUUCUUCUCCAUGGCAUCCUUCUCUACAAUCAUGAACUUGCCCUCAUGCACUUUGACUAUAGGGACAGGCUCCUUAGUAACAGGCUAUAGCCAUUCCUUUUGGCUGGCACUUGCCACAGGAGUACUGUGUGCUGUGAUUGGUGUUGUGGUAGUGUUGUUGGAUUGUUUGGUCCCAGAGAAGAUAAGGGAGGCUUUCAGUGUCGACAUGGAUAAUUCUGAUGACGAUGAGGUUAAUUUUGGCGAGGGAUAUGUCAAUUCCAGCUUCCUUGAAGAAAUGACCCUCAGUGUACGGCUCUGACAAGAACUACUGGGUUCAACUGCUGAAGUACGUCAGGUCACCCAGCCAUUGCACAUCACCAAUACUUGAAGAUCUACAGCACAGAAAGAGAUUGUGCUUUAUUAGGGACCAAAUGUAAUGACAUCUGUGAGCCUGUAUUUAAGUGUGUGAAUAAUGUACAUAGCCUAAACCUUAAAGCAUUUAUUAAUGUUUAUUAAUGAAUUUGUUGUUUUAUUUUUAAUACCAUGUCCCUGCCAUGUUGCAAUAAUGUAACACAUACAAAUUUGAAGGAUUUAUACUGUGUUGUGUUCAAGGACUAGGCAGUACGCAACCAGCAAGCCAGGAUUGUGUCCAAGGAACAGUGUGCUGUCAUCUCAAUUUGUCUAUUUCCCAGUCCAUUGUAUCAA